AUGAAGAAACAGUUGAAGGCAGCGUUUCUUCCCUUUAAUUAUUCCAGGACUUUGUAUCAGCACUUACAAAAUUUGAGACAAGGCAAUCGAUCUGUAGAUGCUUAUUCCAUAGAGUUUUACCCACUGAUAGCGCGAAAUGAUGUGGGAGAAUCAGAAGACCAGUUGGUAGCGCGCUAUAUUGGUGGACUACGAUUGAAUUUGCAAGACGUCGUAAAUAUGUUCUCGCCGAUAUCUGUUUCUGAGGCUCACCAGCGAGCACUUCAGGCUGAAAAUCAACAACAACGUCGUUCUAUAGUAGGCAUUUUUGGUGGUCCAUCUGGAGGUGGGGGUCGACAAUUCGCCCCAAAUCCCACAUCUGGUCCGUUCCAAUCCUUUACAUCUAGGGGUCGGGACGUUGAUCGGGACACUCGACCAGUGGUUCCUCCAACCGCUAAUCCGGGUGGCUGGGCUCCUCCUGGUGGACGAGGGCGUGGAAGUCAGUGUUUUGGUUGUGGUGGUUUUGGUCAUUUGAGGAAUGACUGUCCGUCUCAUGGGCGGCCACGCCCAGGUUUAUUCAUUGGAGAGACAACACAAGCCGAUAUUAACAAUCCUGUUCAUGCGGAGAAUGAAGAAGAAGAGGCUGAAAUUGUGCAUACAGGUGACACGGGGCCUCUUUUGGUGGUCCGAUGGGCGUGCCUUACGCCUAAGGGGUCGUCUGAGGACCUGCAGCGAAACAAUAUCUUUCUGUCUAUGUGUACCAUUGGAGGAAAGGUGUGUAGGUUCAUCAUUGAUUCGGGUAGUUGCGAAAAUGUGAUAUCCGAAGCUGCCGUGCAGAAGCUGCAGUUAAGCACCGAACCUCAUCCUGCUUCCUAUAGCCUAGCAUGGUUGAGACGAGGUAAUGAAAUUCGUGUUACUAACCGUGUGUUGUUUGAUAGGGAUGUGUGCCAUGAAGGGCGUCGAAAUGCAUAUACAUUCACCUUUUCGGGUAAAAAGAUUAUACUACUACCCUCCAAAGUUACGCAGUGUCUGUCUUCGACAGGGGACAGUAGUAAUCUACUUUCCCGAUCUUUGUUUGUGCGUGAAAUGCUGGCAGAAGGUGUUGUACUAUUGUUAGUGGGAACUAAGGCAAUAGGAGUGUCAACAGUUCCUAUGGCAGCCGAGGGGACGGGUCUUCACCCUAAAGCUGCCAUCUUGGUGUCUGAGUUUCAUGAUGUGUUUUCGGAUGACCUUCCACAGGGUCUUUCACCUUUGCGGGAUAUGCAACAUCACAUUGAUUUGGUACUGGACGCGUCAUUGCCUAAUCGCCCACCUUAUCGAAUGAGCCCAGUGGAACAUGAGGAGUUGAGGAGACAAGUAGAGGAGUUGGUGCAGAAGGGGUACAUCAGAGAGAGCCUCAGCCCGUGUGCAGUCCCCGCACUCCUAGUGCCAAAAAAAGAGGGAAGUUAUCGGAUGUGUAUAGAUAGCAGGGCCAUCAACAAAAUAACAGUUCAUUAUUGCUUUCCGAUACCGAGGCUAGAUGACUUGCUUGAUCAGUUGGCUGGCGCAACUGUGUUUAACAAACUAGACUUGAAAAGUGGUUACCAUCAGAUAAGAGUCCGUCCUGGUGAUGAGUGGAAGACAACAUUUAAGACACUGGAGGGAUUAUUUGAGUGGCUAGGUAUGCCGUUUGGACUAUCAAUGCACCGAGCACGUUCAUGCGGGUGA